AAAUCUGUGGUUUUUAAUGUGGAAAAGUUUGAUGGCACAAAUAACUUAGGUGUGUGUCAGUGCGAAGUGAUGGAUGUCUUGAUUCAAUAGGAGUUGGACAUUGCUUUGGAAGACCGACCUGAUGAUUGGACUGAGAAGAAAUGGGAUCUGAUUAAUCGGCAGGCUUGCGGAACAAUCAGGUUGUGUCUUGCUAGGGAUCAGAAAUACUUUGUUAUGCAGGAGACGAAAGCGAAGGAUCUUUGGAAGAAGCUCGAGGAUAAUUUUAUGACCAAGAAUGUAGGGAAUCGUCUUUACUAGAAGAAGAUCUUCUGUUUCCAGUAUCGCUUAGGUGUUUCUAUGAUUGAGCAUCUGAAUGACUAUAACAAGAUACUUGCCGACCUUCAAAAAUUGGAAGUAGAAAUUCUUGAUGAGGAUAAAGUCCUACUUUUGUUGAAUUCCUUGCCCAAUGCUUAUGAUCAUUUAAUUACGACAUUGUUGUAUGAGAAGGAUGAAAUUAGGUUUGAUGAUGUCUCUAAUGCUCUGGUUAACAAUGAAUACCGUAAGAAAGGUAAGCAGACCCAUAGGGGCUCAUCCAGUGAAGCAUUGACAGUUAGAGGCAUGGUUAACAAUGAAUACUGUAAUAAAGAUAAGCAGACCCAUAGGGGCUCAUCCAGUGAAGCCUUGACAGUUAGAGGCACACCGGAGAGUAAGAAAUCAAGUAACAAAGGCAGUAACAUGGGUUGUUCUCACUCUAGGUCGAGAAGGGCCUUAUCGUCCGAUAAAAUUGCUAGGGAUGAAUGUGCAUAUUGUCACAAAAAGGGGCAUCGGAAAAAGUACUGUCUGACGUUGCAGAAGCAUAAUAGGGACACCAAUAAUUCCCAGGCUAAUUUGGCACACUUGGAUGAUGAAGAUUCUAAUCAAGCUUUGUUGGGUUUGUCAUUGGUUUGUCAAGCUGUUCAGUGGAUUAUGGAUUCUGGUUGUACCUAUCAUAUGUGUUCGAAUAAGGAUUGGUUCUCUAGAAUGGAUAUAAUCGAUGGUGGAGCUGUUUUUAUGGGUAAUGAUCAUGCUUGUAAGACACAUGGGGUGGGUAAAAUUAGACUAAAGUUGCAUGAUGGAUCCAUUCGUGUUUUGACAGAAGUUUGGUAUGUUCCGGACUUGAAGAAGAAUCUCAUCUCACUUGGUACUUUAGACUCCAAAGGUUAUCGUAUCACUCUCGAAGGUGGAAUUCUAAAGGUUGGUAAUGGUGCGAGGCUUGUGAUGAAGGGCACUUGGCAGAACAACUUGUAUUUUCUACAGGGGAGUACAAUUGUGGGUGGAGCAGCCACGGCUAGUAGCAAUGUGGGGAAGGAUACACUUGAUACUACCAGUCUUUGGCACAUGCGUUUGGGUGAUGCGGGUGACAAAGCCAUGCAAGACAACAGUUGUAUGUUGAAUUCCUCUGCAAUUGCGAGAAGGCAACAGUUCUUGAUUAGGGCUUUAGGUGGUUACUACCACAAUCAAACCCAUCAUCAGUUGAGAAUGCAAUCUAUGAUUAGUGGGUCAGGUUUAGAGGAUGACGAUUUGGGGAAUUUAAGGUCAAUCACUCGACCUCUUGACCCAACUCGGUACAAGGGCCACACUGGUAAGAUAGCUGUCAUAGGAGGGUGUCGCGAAUACACAGGUGCCCCAUACUUUUCUGCCAUAUCAGCUUUAAAAAUUGGUGCAGAUUUAUCUCAUGUUUUUUGCACUAAAGAUGCAGCUCCAAUUAUAAAAGGCUACAGCCCUGAGUUAAUCGUGCACCCUGUGCUGGAAGAAUCCUACAGUGUCAGGGACGAGGACAAAAAAUCAAUCUCAGAAAGAGUUCUUGCUGAGGUUGAGAAGUGGAUGGAAAGAUUUGAUUGCCUUGUUGUUGGUCCGGGACUUGGAAGGGACCCGUUUCUUCUGGACUGUGUUAGUAACAUCAUAAAGCAAGCACGGCACUCAAGCAUCCCAAUUGUCAUAGACGCGGAUGGGCUUUUUCUUGUCACAAACAAUCUUGAUCUGGUCAGUGGCUACCCGUUGGCUAUCCUAACCCCUAAUAUAAAUGAAUACAAGCGCCUUGUUCAAAGUGUACUAAAUUGUGAAGUAAAUGAUCAAGAUGCUCCUGGACAACUACUCUCUCUUGCCAAACGGAUUGGUGGUGUAACGAUUUUACGGAAAGGAAAAUCAGAUCUCGUCAGUGAUGGUAAUAAAGUUAUGUCAGUGAGCAUGUAUGGUUCUCCUCGGCGAUGUGGUGGCCAGGGCGAUAUACUUUCUGGAAGUGUUGCGGUGUUUGUUUCUUGGGCCCGCCAAUAUAUCUCUUCUGCUAAGGAGGAAUUGGGCAUGAACCCUACAGUGUUGGGGUGCAUUGCUGGGUCUGCUUUAGUGAGGAAAGCAGCAUCGCUUGCCUUCGAGAAUAAAAGAAGAUCGACGCUGACCGGUGAUAUAAUCGAGUGCUUGGGAAGAAGUUUGGAGGAAAUUUGUCCAGUGAGUUGUAUCCACCGUUCACUUCUGGAUCAAUGAGCUAAAUGUUUACUCCGUUGGCAAUGAAGUCUUGUUUUUUCUUAUAAAUGGGAGUCUUGCCCACCUAGUGUAAAUGAGACGAUAAAUGAUCUUCAUGUAACAAGUAUUUCUGAGAAAACACUGCUUUUAGUAGCUUGUUAUUGGGAGAUUUGAUGUAUCAAGGCAGGGUACUUGUUGGUUUUGCUA